GCCAAGAUCACGCCACUGCACUCCAGCCUGGGCGACAGAGCAAGACUCCGUCUCAAAAAAAAAAAAAAAAAAAAAAAAGAACAAAUGGAAACCAGAAAUCAGAUGUUUAUGCCCAAGAAAAGCAGGAUUUCGUUCAGCACUACUCCCAGAUCGUUAGGGUGCUGACUGAGGAUGAGAUGGGGCACCCAGAGACAGGAGAUGCUACUGCCCGGCUCAAGGAGGUCCUGGAGUACAAUGCCAUUGGAGGCAAGUAUCACCGAGGUUUGAUGGUGCUAGUAGCGUUCCGGGAGCUGGUGGAGCCGAGGAAACAGGAUGCUGAUAGUCUCCAGUGGGCACUGACUGUGGGCUGGUAUGCGGAACUGCUGCAAGCUUUCUUCCUGGUGGCAGAUGACAUUAUGGAUUCAUCCCUUACCUGCCAGGGACAGAUCUCCUGGUAUCAGAAGCUGGGCAUGGGUUUGGAUGCCAUCAAUGAUGCUAUCCUUCUGGAAGCAUGUAUCUACUGCCUGCUGAAGCUGUAUUGCUGGGAGCAGCCCUAUUACCUGAACCUGAUGGAGCUCUUCCAGCAGAAUUCUUAUCAGACUGAGAUUGGGCAGACCCUCGACCUCAUCACAACCCCCCAGGGCAAUGUGGAUCUUCGCAGAUGCACCGAAAAAAGGCACAAAUCUGUUGUCAAGUACAAGACAGCUUUCUACUCCUUCUACCUUCCUGUAGCUGCAGCCAUGUACAUGUCAAGAAUGGAUGACAAGAAGGAGCACACCAGUGCCAAGAAGAUCCUGCUGGAGAUUCAAGAGUUCUUUCAGAUUCAGGAUGAUUACCUUGACUUCUUUGGGGACCCCAGUGUGACUGGCAGAGUUGGCAAUGACUUCCAGGACAACAAAUGCAGCUGGCUGGUGGCUCAGUGUCUGCUACAGGCCACUCCAGAACAGUACCAGAUCCUGAAGGAAAAUUACAGGCAGAAGGAGGCCGAGAAGGUGGCCCGGGUGAAGGCACUAUACGAGGAGCUGGAUCUGCCAGCCGUGUUCUUGCAGUAUGAGAAAGACAGUUACAGCCACGUUAUGGGUCUCAUCGAAUAGUAC